CAACGAUAACGAAAGUGUGAACUCCAAUAACGAAUUAAAGAAUCCCACUACUGGGCCUUAAUGAUAAUGCAUAUAUCUGUAGUGAAACAACAUGGCGACAAAUAUCAUGAGAAAUCGAUUAUUAACAUCAAUGAGAAAACAGUUGCAAGGUGUUGCUGCACUGAGAUAUUCUACAGAAAUGUCUUUUACCAAAUGUAAGACAUUAACAGUAUCUGUCCCAAAACCAUUUGUUUAUAUGAUCCAAUUGAACAGACCAGAGAAACGAAAUGCAAUGACCUCAACUAUGUGGCAGGAAUUUAAAGAAUGUUUUGAAACAUUAGGAAAGGAUUCAGAAUGUAGAAUAGUUAUUCUAUCAGCUGCUGGCAAGACAUUCUGUGCAGGAAUCGACAUGCAAGAAAUGAUAAAACUAGGUCAGAAUAUAGCAGAGUAUGAUGAUAUUGCACGUAAGUGUAAAUUUACCAAGGACAAAAUCAAAAACUAUCAGGACUCAUUUACUGCUAUAGAAAAGUGCCCAAAACCUGUGAUAGCUGCAGUACAUGGUGCAUGUAUUGGUGCAGGUGUGGAUAUGAUAUCUGCAGCUGAUAUACGUUAUUGCUCUUCUGAUGCAUAUUUUCAAAUAAAAGAAGUUGAUAUGGGCUUGGCAGCUGAUGUAGGUACACUACAGAGAUUUCCAAAGAUUGUAGGAUCCGAUAGCUUAGUGAGAGAGCUUGUUUAUACAGCACGAAAGUAUCCAGCAGCUGAAGCACUAAAAGAUGGAUUUGUAAAUCGCAUGUUAGAUGAUGAAGAGAGUUUAUUGAAAACAUCGAUAGAAAUUGCUGAAGAGAUUGCGAAAAAAAGUCCAGUCGCAAUACAAGGCUCAAAGAUAAGUAUGGUAUAUUCUAGAGACCAUACUGUGGAAGAGGGACUAGAACAUAUCGCGAUGCAUAACCAGGCAAUGCUUCAAAGUGAAGAUCUUGUAAAUGCAGCUAUGGCACAAAUUACUAAGGGCGAACCCCCAGUAUUCUCAAAAUUAUAAUAUUUUAUCAUUAUGGAACGACUAGAUAUAUUAUUUCUUAAAUAAGAUAUGGAUGUAUGUAUAUAUGUAUAUGAUAUUCUUUGGAUACUUAUGUUUCUUAUAAAUGGAUAUUUAAAAGAUGCUUUAAUAUC